AUGACUAAUAAUGAUUUAUUUGUUCACGUGCAGCCUGGUGAAGUACUUACAAUAUUAGUUGGUAAUGAUAGUCAGCACAUUGCUGGUCCAGCAACGGUGCGUAUGGUGAAUUUAGCUGGUAUAUCACCACCAGCAUUACCUUUGCAUGUACCACCUGGGCAUAUGGUACAACAGAUUGUUGAACAGGGAAUAUUACGACAUUUAAUACUUUCACCGGAACCACCACCAACAUCGCGGUUAUUGGCUGGUAAUGCAUAUGCAGCAACAGCAACUAAUUCGGCAACAACAUUAAUGGCACCAUUAAAAGGUUAUAGUUCACCAUCGCCACCUGUUGUUCUUCCGUUUCCACCGCCAAAUUUAAUAGCUAAUGAUUUUCUCGAAAAUAGUUCUCGGCGAAAUUGGGCAAUUUCUAGUAAAGAAUUCGAUGUGAGUAAUAAUAAUCACAUUUUGCAACCACUAUGCAAUACAUUUAAUGAAAUCGUUAAUAGUACGAAAUUAAAUGAUUGGCAAGAACUGGAUAUUUCCGAGGGGUCACAUAUGUCAAAUAUAAGUGCAUCGAGCACUUGUGGAAGUUAUACACAGCUUGAUCAAUAUGAAUUUACUUAUGAUAUUGUUCUUUUUGAAAGUAUUGGUAGAAUUGUUAGUAGUUACAGGUGUGAACCAGAUUGCGGUAAUCGAGUUCGUUUAUGCCGAUUAAAGCCAAAUACAGAUUAUUAUAUCCAAUUGCGGGCGUCACUGGAAGAACUUGGAUUGCAAGGCAAACCAUCAAAAGCUAUUCGUUUUCACACUCUAUCGACGGUUCCUGAAUGUUUAUAUCCACCGCGUUUUAUCUCAUCAACUUCAACAUCGAUAACCAUUUCAUGGAAAUCAGCUAUUGAUAAUGGUUCAAAAAUUAUCUCUUAUCGUGUACAAAUUGCUAAGGAAAUGAGCAGUAAUAAUUUGAAUGGAAAUUACGAUGAUAGUAUCGACUAUGAAACAGUUUUCGAUGCUUUAACUGAACAAGCGACCAUAACAAAUUUACAGCCAUCGACAAAAUAUCGUUUACGUAUUAUCGCUGUUAAUAAUGAGGGUGCGUCAAGACCAUCUGCUCAUAUUAUAGUUCUUACACCAAAAGCAACAACAGCAACAAUUACAACGGCUAUAAGUAAGCCUGAUAUGCCAAAAGUUGUGAUGCUUACAUCAAAUUCGAUUACUUUAUCUUGGGAUGUUUUAUCGCACCACCUAUAUACAGUAUUUGGAGAUGUGCGAAUCAACAAGGAAUGUAAUCGACAAUAUAGUUUUCGUUUACUGGCAUUUAAAGAAGAUUUGGGUUAUAGUGAACCGUCGGAUUUAUUAAUUGUUCGAACUUUACCAUCAAAUAUAUUCGUACCAAAUCGUCCGUAUAUUGUUGUUAACGAUGGAUCAAAUCUGGAAAUUGGUUGGAAAUCGAAUCAACUAAUUGAGAAGGAUGUUUUUUAUGUUGUCGAAGGUAGUAAUGGUGCCGGUGAAAUUGAUGAUGAAUGGAGUAUUAUCUAUAAAGGAACAUCAAAUAGUUUAAUGAUUAAAAAUUAUAAUUUAUGUGCCUUUCGUGUUGCUACUUGUAAAAAUAAUUUACAGAGUGCAUGGAGUGGUAUAUUACGAGUGAAAAAAGAUGUAAAAAAAAUAGAUCAGAUUAUCGUUGGUUUGUGUUCACCACCAACGUUAACAGAGAUAUCAAAAGGUCGUCUUCGAGUUGAAUGGUGUCCACCUGAACGUGGAGGCGAAGCAUUAGCAUCAUCUUCAGUUCUUUUUUAUCAACUUAAUCGUACCAAUAUUUACCCAACGUCUAUGAUUUAUCAAGGCAGAGAAGCAACGAUGUAUGACAUCACGAAUUGUGUACCUGGUGAGGAGGUAGAAGUACAAGUGCGCGCAGUAAUUAAGUCUUCAAAUGGUGCUACAGUCGGAGGUGAAUGGAGUCGUACAGCGAUUGGACGCAUCUCAUUGCAACCACCCUCACCACCUGUUGGCGUUUAUGUCGAUGAACAGUUUAUUUUAAACUGGAAAUCACCUGCUACUCUUGGUUCACCAAUUGACAAAUAUAUUGUCGAACGAAUUCGCAUGAAAUCAUCAUCAAAUAAUGAUGAAGAAAAUGGUCAAUCAUUAAGCAAUAGUGAUGUGGAAGAUGAAUGGACAGUUCGAAAUGUUGACGGAAAUUCAUGUAGUUUAGAUGUGCAUGAUGGUCGACCCGGUUGCAAAUAUCAGUUGAGUAUAUCAGCUAUAUCAGCCAGCGGUACUAGCCUGCCAAGUGACUGUGUAUAUGUAUCCAUUCCUCCAACUGUGCCAUCACCACCAUCAUCUUUUCAAGUAUUUCCUCAUGGAUGUUGUCAACUUAAGGCAAUGUGGAUGGCUUCAUGUCAUAAUGGCUGUAAAUUAUUAGAAUAUAUAUUGCAUGUUGAAGAUGAAGUGACGCAAGAUUUAAUUCAGGAGCUUAAAUUUUCUGCCGAUUCACUAGAAAAUGAAUGUAUCAUUGAGAAUUUGGAAUCUGACCAUUCUUAUAAAUUGUCAAUUUGUGCUACAAAUUCGAUUGGUUCGGGCAAAUGGUCAUCAGUAGUCAUGAAAACAUUAGCACCGCCACCACCAGCACCAAAUCUCAUUUGUUCAGAAGUUGGUUCCAAUUAUCUAAAACUUAAAUGGAAGCCUGUUGAAAGUGUUUCCAUUUCGCCAAAUCUUUAUUAUUAUCUGGAAAAAGAAAAUGACAGUGGAAAGUUUUCACCGAUUUAUGAAGGCGAUAAUCGCUAUGCAAAAGUGAGAAAUCUAAGUGAAAGUACGAAGUAUCGUUUUCGUAUUCGUUGCUCAUCGCGUGCAUCUGGUGCUGGUCCAUGGUCUAAACCAUUUGAAUUCUCCACGGAGCAGCUACCACCACCAACAAUUCGUGCUGCUCCAACUGUAACGGAAAUCAAAUCUGGUACUUUCCAAGUGGAAUGGUCACCUUUGCGUUUACCAUUGACUAAUGGUAAAGAAUCGUUGUUUUAUCGAUUACAGCUCGCUUCACGUACUUCGAGUGAAAAAUCGGCUAUUAUAUGGAAAACGAUCUAUGAAGGCGUUUCAACAUGCUAUUCAUUUUCAUCUUGUGAAGCAGUCCAGUUACGUGUUCAAUGUGUACGUUUGCGUAAUGGUACUGAAAGUGUAUCUGCGCCAUCAGCUAUUCAGUUCGUGAAACCAUCUUUAGUAUUAUCAUCUAAUUAUAAGGAUAUUAAUGAUACGCUCACACCGAAUAUUGAUAUAACGAAAAUGCAGUGGAUUCAAUAUCAUAUUUUUUCCGAUAAGAAUUAUGCUUUUAUUAUUUUGGUUAGUUUUUUAUCAGUUGUUUUAUCUGAGUUCUUCAAUCCAGUUGUUGCUACGAAUCCAUCGCAGAAUAAAUUAUCUCUCUGA